AGGGGGUAUCAGUAGGAGCAGUUGCAAUGCGGAGGUUUGAUUCCUCGCAUAAAUUAUCAAACGAUGUGAACGAAUAGCGCGAUUGACAGCGCGUCGAGGGAUCUUGACUGGAAAUAUGUGAUUGCCAGAGAUCUUGUCAAACAACCGCCGACAAACGGCUGUGAUCUUAAAAUACGGACAGAGAUACGAGAGGGAAAGAAGAAGCCAAGUUCCAUCCGUGAUAUCGGAUAUCGUCUCGUACGACCAGUCGAGUGCUCAUCGAGAAUGUUGUUUCAAUGUUAAUUAUAGCGUGGACAUCGCCGCGCGAAACGUGAAAAAAAAAAAGAAAAAAACAUCGUCGACGGCUUCGCGAAAAAUCUUCGUCGUCGACGAAAUUUCUCGCGUCCGUGGAAUUGUGUGACGUCACAUCUGAUCGCGACGACCAAGUCAAGGCCGUGUGAGAAUCCAGUCGUUAAUGGAUUCGGAAGAGGGAUGCUACUCAUUUUUACGCAUCUCUGUUCUGUCAUGAGGAACGAUCUGUCACAGAAAAAAAAGGGACGAUGCGUGUGGAAAAAAAUGUUACUCAAAGCUUUCUACUAGACUAAAUUCUACUAGACUUUAAUUUAUGUCAACUAUGUAAACUGUUUCUCCUCUAUAAAUUUCAUAACUUGCCAAGAAUUCGAUGACGCGCGUUUGAUUUGGCACUGUAUACUAAAUGAUAGAAAAUAUUACAAAAUUGAUUAUAUCAUGUGAUUAGAUAUAUAUAUAUAUAUAUAUGUAUGAUCCCAGAGAUUUUGACAUGCUGUAAAAUGUACAUCGAGAUUAUUAUUGUGCAGAUUUUACAAGAAUGCAACAGAAGAAUAUGUUAAUGUGAGCUUUGCACUGCCAUAACACAAUUCAAACAUUGAUAAUUGAUUGUCAGAAAAUUAAGAAUCACAUGUCAUAUAAAUAUAAAAAUCAAGAAGAACACAUACGUAUAUAUACACAUGAGUGACUUGUGUAUUUAUCUUGCGAUUGAUUAAUAUUUUUUAUUAAAAUUGAAAAUGUGUAUAUAGAUAAUAUAAUUAAUAGAGAUAUAUAAAAAAAGCUGACAGUUUUAUGACGGAAAUCAUUAAUCAAAGUUUUGUGUAAAUAGACAAUUAUUGAUUUUUUCAAAAACAGAUGUGUAAUAAAGAUAUAUAUAUGCAAUUUUAGUUUUAUAAUGAUCUCAUUUAUAAUGCAAAUGUAAUAUAUCAGUAAAUGUAACAACGUACAUAUAAUGACAGAACAAUUGAAGAUGUUAUUUGCAAAAUAAUUAAGAUAAAGUAUUUAGCAAAGUACAUAUAUAGUGUAUUUCGAUUACAGUGCAAUAUUUUGGACAUUAUAUUAAAAAAGUUAUGAAAAAUCAUGAAAACUCAAUGAUUGAAACAAAUAAACUGAGAAUAAUAUGAAGAGCGAAUUAAAAUUUAGCACAAAACUGAUAUGCGGAAACAGUGUAUUAAUAUUACAUUAAGAGAAGAUUGUCUAUUUCUUUAUCGAAUGGAGAAUGACAAAAGCGUCAAUUAGAAUGUGAAUAUGAAAAGAAAUAUAUAUAGUAACAUUUCUUAGGGGUCAUGCCCCCUGGGGCAAACGGCGGAACAGAGGGCUUUGGCCCGUCCUGUUCUGAAAUACAUAAUAAUCAAGAACAUGCUAUAGCUAAACUUACACCUCCUCUUACAUUUGUUCAACAAUGCUACAGACAUCUCAAGAGUUCUGGUGUCGGCGAGGCGAGCGUAUAUCACGCCUUAGUUGUAAUAUUUUUGGAAUUCUUCGCAUGGGGAUUAUUAACCAUGCCUAUUAUUUCGGUAUUGAACGAAACAUUUCCGGAUCAUACGUUCCUGAUGAAUGGUUUGAUAAUGGGAAUUAAAGGAAUCUUAUCUUUUCUUUCUGCGCCACUGAUCGGUGCCCUAUCCGAUGUAUGGGGUCGAAAAUUCUUUCUACUUAUCACAGUGGCCUUCACAUGUGCACCGAUUCCCUUAAUGAGUAUUAAUACAUGGUGGUUUUUUGCCAUGAUUUCCAUCAGUGGUGUAUUUGCCUGCACAUUUUCAGUGGUAUUUGCAUAUGUCGCAGAUGUAACGGAAGAAAAUCAAAGAUCGCUAGCAUAUGGUUUGGUAUCUGCAACUUUUGCUGCAAGUAUGGUAAUAAGUCCAGCUUUGGGUGCUUAUACCAUGACAACAUAUGGAGAAAAUCUUGCCGUAGCAUUAGCAACUGCUAUUGCAGUCUUGGAUGUGUUUUUCAUAUUAGUGGCUGUACCUGAAAGUUUACCUGAAAAAGCACGUCCACCAGCACCUAUAUCAUGGGAGCAAGCUGAUCCAUUUGCUGCUCUUGGAAAGGUUGGAAAAGACCAUACUAUUCUAAUGCUGUGUGUUACUGUGUUCCUGAGCUAUCUUCCUGAAGCAGGACAGUAUAGUUGUAUAUUUGUUUAUUUAAAACUGGCUAUGGGCUUCUCCGGUUUUAUGGUGGCUAUAUUUAUUGCUGUGGUGGGCAUCUUGAGUGUGGGAGCACAACUUGUAUUAGGACCCUUGAUGAGAACACUUGGUAGCAAACAUACUAUAAUGCUUGGUCUGUUAUUUGAAAUGCUACAACUCAUGUGGUAUGGAUUCGGCUCGCAAACAUGGAUGAUGUGGGCUGCUGGAGUACUUGCCUCUGUAUCAAGCAUAACAUACCCUGCAAUUUCCGCGUUUGUAUCCAUGCAUUCCGAUGCUGAUAAGCAAGGAUUAGUACAAGGCAUGGUAACAGGGAUGCGUGGUCUCUGCAAUGGACUUGGUCCUGCUAUGUUUGGUGUUAUAUUCUAUCUUUUUCACGUUGAUCUCAACGAUGACACGCCUAAUCUUCCCUUGAAACCAUCAUUUGUGGACGAGAACAAUAGGACGGGAACUAAUAUACAUCUUGAUAUAAUGCCUCAGCUUGUACCAGGACCGCCGUUCGUGUUUGGUGCAUUACUUGUGAUCUGCGCGCUGUUGGUAGCUGCGUUUAUUCCCGAAUCAAAUACCAUGUCAACAGGAUCGUUGCAUCAUCCAUCCACAUCCCGGAGGCCCUCCGGUAAAUACGCAUAUCAGAAAUGUUUAUCUUUAGAUGUUCAGUACGAGACAGAUCGAACGGGAAGCGCAAGAGGAAAGAUCGGUCCGUUAUCGCCACUAGUCGACAAUUGUAAUUCUGCCGCGCUAUAGUGUCUGUUGAAAAAAAAAGUAAAACAAGCCAUAGCAUAUGAUGAAAAUAUUACAGAUAAGCGAUAAAACUCGAGCUUUAAUCAAGCGAGAAAAGUCAUCGCUGUAUGAAAUGCACCUGACUCGAAUGGGGAUUGUAAUAGAAUUGUCUAUAUUGUAUUAUACUAUUUGUUUAAGGCAAUAACUCUAUAAAAUUGAUUUUAGGACUAUUGAUGGAACUUAAUGUUUAGGUUGUGACAAAUUUCCCACAAGCAGUGCUUGUGCGAUGAUACGUGGGUUGAUCUCAAAGUCGAGUAUAAUCAUAAUACAAGCAUGUUAUGUUACGAAAUGUGUGUUAAAUUAGCUCUUCCUUUUCAAGAUUCUUGCGCCAGCUAUUAAAUGACAGAUAUGAUAGCUUUUAUGCAAAGUAUCAGUGACUCCUAGUUUAUGCAGCUCGCCAACAGCACAAAAUGGCACAUGAAUGAAAGUUGUAAUCAGUAUUUUUUACUAGACUUAUAUAACUUAAACAAUUGAUUCUUUACACACUUCGAUCCUAUAUUUCUGUAUCCUUUUCUCUUAUAUUUCUGAUUUAUGUUACCACUUUUUACAUUACAUGCUAAUAGACACUUGAUGGAAACCACAAUGUAUCUUUUACAUCUAUAUAUGUUUAUAGUAGUAGAAAUAGAUUUUACACACAUUCCUUAUAAGCAUAAUUUUUACACACAAUUCAUCAUAAUUAAAAAAAGAUUAAAAUUCUGUGGAUCGUAUUUCUUUUUAUAUAGAUACAAUUUAAUUAUUACUUGUAUCAUCAUCAUCAAUAUAAUUUAGCUAAUAUUUGUAGAUCAUGUGAUCCGUCUUGUUUUGCACAAACUAUUUAUUUUAAUAGAUAAACACUAUGAACACAUAACAAGAAAGGCCUCAAUGAUAGCAGUAUAGUUUGUCAUUCAAAGGCAAUGAUAGAUGUCAAUAUUAUGACUAACGCGCUAAAUUGUAUUAUUAAUAAUUAAUUAAAAAUCAAUAGUAUUCUUAAAUUUAUGCGUGUUAUAAUCGGAGUCAUUGAUGUUAUAAAAUGAAAAGAAAAAAAUUUUAUGAUAGAAUAGAGCUUUGUAUAUACUUUGCUUCUAUUUUAUAGAAGAAUAUCAAAAUCUUUUAGGAAAAGUAUAUCUAUUUUGACACAGUGGCAUUGAUUUAUAAUUUAGAUCAUUUAAACUAUGCAGUUUAAUAUUUAUAUUAUUAUCAUUAACAAUAAUAUAUUUACACGAAAAAUCGAAUUUAAAAGUAAUUUGUAGGAAAUGAUAGUAAUUUUUUAAUUAUUGAAUUGAUAUGUUAAAGUUAUUACGAAAUCGAUUAGUCUUUAUUAAAGCCAAAGAGGAAUUAACGAUAUAAAUUGCAAACAAAUAAGUUCAAAAAUAACAAUAAAUUUCUAUAGACACUUGUGUAUAAUGUGCAAAAUGCCCUCCUAUUUAGAAUCCUUCAAUUUUUUAUUUAUUUUUUUUUUUUCAUAAAUAUUGCACUUUCGUGAUUAUGUAUUUCUUGGAAAUAUAUCUAAAGAUAUAUUUAGUUUAUAAUUUUAUUUUUAUUAUACCUAUAUUAUAUUUAUUGGACGAUAUUAAUACGAUAUUUUGUGGAUAUAAAAAUUUGAUAAAUAUGUAUUUAUAAAUACAUAUUGAAUUUCAACUUCUCAUUUAUGUACAUGUGUUAGAUUUAAAAAAAAAGGAUUUACUAGAAUUAAAGUUUCCAUCGAUAUAAUAAAAGUACUAUGGUUCUUAUGAUCAAAUGUAAAUGCAAAAUUACAUGCGUUUUCUAGAGUCUAGUUGUCAGUAAAAUAUUACAGAAUGAUGUAGAAAUCGUGAACAGAUGCAAACAAUGCAACUACAAUUCUAUAAUUUCAAUUUCCUUAGAAUUACUUAUAAAAUCGCUCUUAUAUGCUGAAAUAAAUAUAUACAAUUGUAUUAUAAAUACAAAGCAGAGAAGCAGGAAGAUUAUAUAACGUUAAGGAUGAAUAAAGUUUAGAAUAAGUCUUGACUCUAUCAUGAGUUAAGUAAUUGUAUAUGUAUAAUGUACGAUGAAUGCAUUAAUAAAAAAUUAUUUUUAAGAUAAA